AUGACACCUGUCGCGCAUGCCGAGCGCUCGUUUGGUUGCGAAAAUACGUGGAAGGGACCCAGCGAAAAUAAUGAUGUUGCUAAGUGUCUGAAGGAUUUCACCAAUAUUGGCGAGCAUUCAGGAUACUACGCCAUUCCUAUCAUUCUCAUCGUAUUUGCUGCUCUUGUUCUUAUUGUUGUGCCGAUUGUUUUCGCUUUUAACAGCUUUUGUUGUGAAGACUACUGCUUCAGUUUCACUCGCACGACAAAUUUGGCACGAUCACGCUGCUGGCUGUGGAUGGCGAUUAAUAUUAACUUUUUUUGGUCGAUUUUCUCGGCCAUCUUAAUUAUAUAUGGGUCAACCUUGCUUUCCAACAGCAUCGAUAAGAGUACUGAUUACAUUAGUGGUGAUGCAGUUUCAUACUUUCAGCAGACCAAAAGCACGAUUUAUGAUCUUCUUGUUGAUUAUACUAAAACUCCUCCGAUACAGCCAACUUUUGAUCUAUCUGGAUUUGAUCAAAUGAGUACAAAGCUCAAAUCCGAAGUGGAUAAUAUUCGCGAAAAUUAUCUUAAAUACUUCACAACUGUCCGUACUGUUUCCAUUAUUAUAGGUAUCAUUGGUAUUGUACUCAUGAUGAGCUGUUUCGUUAUUGCCUACUGUCGCUUUAAUACUGUGGGUGCAUUCAGUUUUGGUAUUAUCUACUACAUUUUUGCCAUUAUCUAUUCAAUUAUGGCUAUUUUACUUGCGAUAUUCACGUGCAUCACGUUCGUAUUUUGUGGGGAGAUCACCCUACAGAACCGACGUGAGCCCGGUCUCUUCCAGUGGUAUUAUGUGCCUUGGUGCGAGAAGGAAUUCUCCUUCAGUCAAACUCGCCAAUCCAUUAUUGAUUCAACGGGGGAAACGGCAAUGAACACCUGCGAACACAUUCUGGAGCGAUGCAGCAACGCCGAUGACGACGAAUACAAUAAACCAUUUAUAUGUGGAAAGAAUAUACAAAAGAAAGAUGAGUGUGGUACUAUCGAUGUUGCACUCAACGUGCUUUAUGACACACGUGCCAAGACCAAAUUUUCCGAUAUGCUUUGCGUGAAUAACAGCAACUGGGAAUAUCAGGAGGUGUGCAACAUUCCUAUGUGUAACGAAAGUUGCAUUAACUAUGACGCUCCCGAUCUCAAAAUGAAGGACUGGGCAAAUGAUGCUAUGAAACUUAUUACUUUUGCAAUCAACCGAACUACGGCCCUCUCUUAUGUGUUGCCUGUGAUGGAUUGCAACUUUAUCAUCGAUAAGUUCAUCUCCGUUUACGAAACCGAUAAGGAAUCGAGUAAAGCCUCUUCUGGUUACGGCGCGUAUUGUUCAAACAUGCGCAUUGCUUCUGUUAUGUUGACGGUCGGUUUCUUUGUUGGAGCGGUCAUGUUUGUGGUAAGCAUCUACGUUACGCAGCAUGGGAUCUGGUUGUGGAAUGACGAGGCAGAGGUUGAGGAUAUCAAGGAGGCAGAAGCGAUGAGUAAGUACGCCAAGAGCGUCUGUUCGUUGGAUCCCAGGAGCCAAAACUUAUCAAGAAUGGGUUCGUUUGCAGCUGAACCAAGGCCCCAGGCAUCUGGCAGAGGUAUUCUUGCCGGCUCGACAAGGACUAUGAGUUUUAAUCAGAUGCCACCACCUGCUUAUGGUCAAUCAUAG